CCUUUGCUGUUCAUUGUGUUUCCAGCAGGACUGGGACGGCUCCCUCCCAUGAUGCACCGGCAGAAGAUGUCUGAGGGCCGCUCCCAGUGGGCUUCAGGGUCACACCCCCCCCGGGCUCACAACACUGAGGCAAUAGCCAAGGCCAAAGGAAACGGAGCAGGAGGAGGAGGAGGGAGGAGAUCCAGCUUCAUGGGGCAGAUCAUUCCCAUUUACGGUUUCGGGAUUUUCUUGUACAUCCUGUACAUUCUCUUCAAGAUUACGUCCAAGGGCAAAAAUACUAAACAUGACCAUAGGUUCCCUGCUUUGAAAACAGAAAAUAUGAAAAGAAAAAUCACUGACUACGAGCUGGCACAACUUCAAGAGAAACUGAAGGAGACAGAAGAAAUGAUGGAGAGGAUAGUAUCCAAAGUGGGGCAUCACCCAGAUGGGAUUAAAAGUGUCACCACUGAGCAUGAAGAAAAAUUACUCCGUCAGCUGAAUGAAAUUACACGGGUGAUGCAGGAAGGCAGGCUCAUGGAGGAGGUCUCCCCAGAGAAGGAAGCUGAGGAAGUGCCAUACUCAGAGGGCUGGGAAGGCUACCCCGAGGAGACCUACCCCCUGCACGAGGAACCAGCCUGCUGCAGGCAGGGGUACAGCAGGGUCGUGGUGGAAGGCUUCGACGCAGGCCACACAUCGGCGGAGGAGCUGGCAGAAAGGAUGGAAGGCAUGGAGGGCGUGGAGCCAGAGGAGUGCUACUCUGUGCGCAGCCUGGUGCAAGAACAAGAGCCGCUCCAGCCGGGUGGAAAGCAGCUCCCCUUCUGUACGCAAAGGGAUGCGUUCCAGUACCAGGGGGAGAGCGCUGGUGAUGACGAGGGCGAGGACGACGGCGGAGAUGACGACGCUGGAGGGGACGAGGAAGAGGACCCUGCCGUAAUAGCGGAGAGCCUCAGCUUUGGCUGCGAGUCCUUCAGCGAUCAGGAGGAAGAGUGGGACGUGUCCUGCCAGGCAGCUGGAGCUACAAAGGAUGAGAGCCUCCAAGAAACGGAAAUUGCGAAUGAGCUUGCCUUUGGGGUGCUCAGAAAACGCAAUAAAUAGGAGCUGGAAGAAACACGUGGACUUCAUUCCCCUAAAGCAGUUGCCAGUCUGGAACACCUUAAUCCUAACUUUCCAUGUGGGCAAACUGUACAGUGAAUGAAUCAGAUGUGCAAUAUGCCCACAGGCAAGAUCACGCCCUUUGUGUUUGGUUGACAGAACAUGUUUUUUUAAAUGUGUAAAUCCUUGCAGAAAGGGUUGCAGGUGAAAUAUGUUGCAUGCAUGGGUCCCACACUUCCAGUACCAAACCUUGAAAUUCUUUUUCCAGCUUUACACAUCAAGGAGGACUGUGUGAAAGUAUUAUACAGUUUCUUUGUUGAAGUUAAGGGCAACAGCUUUCAACCACCUGUCAGCUACUAAUUUAUUUUUUAUUCUAAUUUAAAUUGAUGUUAUUGGGUCUUAAGCCUUUUGUCCUACAGUGGACUGCUAGUACAAAAAAAGACUCCAAAUUCAAAGUUUUCACAGUGCAUUUCAAUCUGUUCUACAGCACAAAUUAUACUUAUUACUAGAUACUAAGGAUAUACAGUAGACUAUUAACAUCAAAGGACAGUAAUAUGAUUUUUAUAUGGAGACUUCAAAAAUGUUUUGUACACCACAUUCUGUUAAAUCUAUAUUGUACAUUGGAAUUUAUAUCUAGGAUGUAUGACAUAAUUCUACCAAUAGAAUUGUUUUAUAUUAUUCUUAUUAUGAUUGUUAGCAUAAUAUUAUUAGCUUACCAUGGUUCACCUAUUGACCUUAAUUUUCAGCAUGUUUAAAAAAAUAAGUGAUCCUGGAACA